CAUCUUCGAACGGAUGCAAAGGCACGCGUCCGGGUCACCCAUGGCGUAACCGGAAGCCCAGCGUCGUUCCCCGCGGAAGUGCAGGGUGCAACGCGUGUUUUUGGAACGCUUCCGUUGCACCGAAGACUCUGGUUGCGCCGGUGAAGUGUUUCUCCAAGGGCACACGGGCGGGUGUGCUCGCGGCGCGCCGCUGUGGUAAAGACUUAAGAUGCUGGCCGGAUAGCGGGAGGCGCCGGAAUGCUCUCGCCCAACGCGGAUGACGACGCCUCGGGCCGGGGUCCCGUUCGAUGGAGGAGAAGGCCGUCAGCUCUGCUGUUGGCGUGGAUUACGUUCCUUCUACAGAAUCGACAAGCAGCAUCCCUCGAGCCGGUGCGGCUGCAGCCCCUGCACUUCCUUCGUUCGGUGGCGGCCGGGGACAACGUGCAAACCAUGUGCGCCGUGCAGAGCGGCGACGAGGUGGACUUCUCGUGGCGCAAGGACGGCCAGCCCCUGUCGGCCAGCGGCCACCGGUUGGUCAUACACUCGCUGCCCACCACCUCCAUACUGCUCAUCAAGAACGCCACCGUGUUCGACGCCGGAAACUACACCUGCGUCGGCCGCAACGCGCUCGGCCAGGACAGCGUCACCGCGCAGCUCAGGGUCGAAGGCCAACCGCACUGGCUCAAGGAACCGCCGAAAGAAGUCGUCGUGGGGCUCGGCGACGUGGCAACCCUUCGCUGUGACGUCAUAAGCUUCCCCCACGCGAGGGUCACGUGGUUCAGAAUAGACGAAGAUGCUGUGGAAGUGCCACCAGGUCCUCGAUGGCAGGGCUCCAGCGAGUCGAGCAUCGAGCUCAGCAGCGUGUCCAGACAAGACGUGGGCACGUACCGUUGCCGAGCCGACAACGGACUCGGCCAGGUUUCGGCCGAUAUCGAGCUCGUGGUCCGGGUGCCUGCCCGCUUCGAGCAGAAGUUUAGCGUGGAGAGCGUGCGGCGCGGCGACACGGCCAUCCUGCGCUGCGAGGCGCUCGGAGACAGCCCCAUGGGUGUCACCUGGCAUCGGAACGAGGACCCGCUGCCACUGGACUCGCCAAGGCUGCAGGUGUUCGAGAGCGUGACCGACCGCGGCACGGCCUCCGAGCUGCACGUGCAGGGCGCCGAGCGGUCGGACAACGGCCUCUUCAGCUGCCUCGCCAAGAACGGAUUCGGCACGGACAGGCGAAGUAUCAAGCUGGUCGUCCUCGAGGUACCGUCAGCGCCGUUCGAUGUCAAAGUCGAACAGACUUGGAGUCGUUCCGCCAGUGUCCGAUGGAACGCCCCGUACAGCGGCAACAGUCCCGUAUCCAAGUACAUUGUGCAGUACUGGAAGGACCACGGCGCUGCCCACAGGUUAGAAGAGGCCAUCGUCGUGGCGCCACAAACGUCGACCCUUCUGCGAGAUCUGCAACCGGGAACGUCGUACAUCGUCCGAGUGUUGGCCGAGAACACCGUUGGGAGGGGAUCUCCGUCGGAGAGCCAGAAGUUCCAGACUAAAGAAGAAGAACCAAGCGGCGCUCCUACUGACGUCGCGGCCGAGUCUAGAGGACCAACUCUUCUUCGCAUCAAAUGGAAGGCGCCACCCAAGGAGCAGUGGAACGGUCACCUUAUGGGCUACUACAUCGGCUACCGUAGCCGCGCCUCGGAGGAACCGUACAGCUACCAGUCGAUGCUGGUCACCGACCAACCCGAAGAAGAGCACCUUCUGUCGGGUCUCAAGAGGGCCACAGAGUACAGCAUCGUAGUCAAGGCGUACAACGCUGCCGGCUCGGGACCAGACUCGCAGGAGGUCUUCGCCAGGACAGCGGAUUCUGAGCCACCACUGCCGCCACGCCUUUGGCUCGAGUCCCACGACCGUUUCUUCAUCGUCGUUCACUGGCAACAGCCUCCGGGACCACCUGUCACUCACUACAUCAUGUCUUACCGGGAAGAGAACGGCCCAUGGCGCGAGCUGACAGUGCCGCAGGCGGACAACUCGAAGUACACGUUGUCCGGCCUGCGAGAAGCCACCCGCUACCAGAUCUACCUCCAGGCUGCUGGGGAGGGAUCCACAAGCGCCCCGAGUGAGACCAUCACCGUACUCACUGAAGGUGGAGCAUUAUCGGACGCGUCCAUGCCGGCCCCGCAUGGGAGCCAGAGCCGCGAACUUCCGGUCUACUUCCGGCUGUCGGUAGUGGCACCGGCAGCCGCGUCACUCACCAUCAUCGUCCUCGUCAUCGCCGGGGCCUGCCUCUUCGUGAGCCACGAGAGGCGGAAGUACAAGAACAUCAUCGUGCCCCCGAUGAAGCCCGUCAAGUCCGGCACGUACAUGAGUGGAGCCGCAAGCCUCGGGCGUCCACAGAGCCAGCGCUACGUGGACGUGGACCAGCGACUGGGCGCUCCUCGGACGCCACGGCACGCGGACGGCGAGCGGGGCGUCGGACCGCCCGGGUCGUGCCGCCCGCUUCUGGGCUCGGCCAUCCCGCAGUACCCGGCGCCGUACGCGACGCUACCGCUGCGCUGCCCGUCGGCCGACGGCCCGUCGCCCUCGCGGCUCACGCGUAACGCCAAGGGAACGUCCCUGUCCCAGGUACGUGUCCCGCAGGAGCCUUGGGACGCGCCGCGCUCAGGCGUCUGGUGCGACAUCUGGGCGUCAAUGACGCUCACCGCCGGCGGCAGUGUGCGCUUGAGAAAUUCUGGACAGGGACGGCCAGGGCAGCAGCAACAUCAUCGAGGAGGCGGCAGAGAUCCACCACUACGACAUCGCAGCCUAGAGGCGGUGACCUGUGGCGAUCUGAGUGCAAUCGAACUGAGUGUGGAAGACUGGAAGCAGAAGCAGCAGCAUCAGGGAUGGAAGGAGCAGACGACGAGAAUGGCGACAGCGCAGGACGGCGGGAAACAUGGAGGAAGCGGAGGGCGACGGCAUCAUCCCGACGUCGUCGACAAAGAGCAAUGGCGACGGAGUGAAAGGAGCGAGCGACUCCGUGGUCGAAACGCCCAAUGGCCUCGAGCUCAACUCAGCGUACAAACCGGACGCGGACCCUAGUUCCUCACAGGCCAACAACAUGGCCGUCGCUUUCGAACUGAACCUCUGAAACGACUCUUUCUUUUAUCCUCGUUGCCUGGUCCCCGUCGCUGGCCAUAGUCUCGAAGACGAACUCCUCUGUAGUGUGUGUUAAAGUACACGUGCGCGUCUCUUAACAGUGUGCGUGUUGCCCACCCGAGAACCUUUUCUUUGUUUCGAAUUGCGUGUGGUGUGCGUAUACUGAACGUGAAUUGCUCAUCGUUCGCAGGUCCGUGCUUGCGCGUAGUGGUUCUGUCCGUAUGUAGCAAGUAGGUAUACAGCUCUCGUGUUGACGUGUAGAAGAUAUCAUCACCUCUUUGACUUGUCGGCACCAAGAGAGAUACCAUUUCCCGUCUGCCACCAUCAAACCACCCCCCUCCCCAUCAUUAGUAGAACUCACCGUUUAGUUCUCGCGGUUGCCUUUACCGCAGGUUGUUCGCGGCAAAGCAUCUACCUUUAGUCAUCUAGAGCCUGUUGUGAUCAGUGGCGAGGCGCUGUUGUGAAUAUAGUGACUCCGGUCGCUGACGGGUGAUCCUGAGUAAUUUCGGAAUCUCUACGGAAAACAAGAAGCUACGCAAUGUGAAAAGAAGGCACAACACUCGAUGUUUUGUUGUGCGCAACUUUUUUUUUUCUUUGUUGUUAUCCGACGCCUGCAUAAUUUCAUCGACGGUUACUUACGCGGACUGUGUCCUUUUCCUUUUUUUUUUUUUCACCUCCGAUUUUUUCCUUACUCUUUUUUUUUUUUUCUGGCGCAUUGCGAAAUGACAGUUUGCUUUGCCUUUGUUACGUUGAUAACUUGAUGAAGUACCGUGAAAUCAGGCCUCUUAUCUACCAGUCGCAAGUAGUGUUGCAGUGCCAUUGCACGAAGCCGUAGGAAACCCUUUUUUAGUUGGCCGUACCGUUCUGUUUGCCAACGUUACAAAAGGCGUACGACAACAACAACAAAAUCAAGAAGAAAAAGACAUUCCAAACAAAAUCAACACUUGGGACACCAUGAACGAGCUUUGUUGUGUUUUUUUUUCUGAUUUUCUUAUUUGUUUGUACAGACCUACUUGCAUUAUUGUUUCUUUCACAGUGAACUUGAAACCACAAGCUGAACCACGAUGGUGUCACUGAUGACACCGUGCUACAUAGAACUUCUUCUUUUUUCAUGUAGUGGCGCUGUAAUUCUGUGAUAACAAGUAGGUAUUUAUGUAAAAAGAAAGAGAGAGAAGCAUAUGUAUUGUUUGUUUUGUUGUGAAAUAAGUGUAGGUUAUUUGUACAUUUGUGAAGCGUUCUUUGUUUUCGUUGUCCAAAGAAGCCAAUCGAGUCAUGUAAAGCAUUUUUUAGACGCACGAACGUCAGUCGUCUCCCUUUCUUUUGUUUCUUUUUUUUUGUCUUUCUUCUUCCUUAGAACCACACUCGCAUAAAGUUCUGGUACGUUGCGUCAGAAACACUGCUAGUUUCACGUGGUGUCAGGUGGGCGUGUUUUGAGUUAUUGUUUGCCAUCUAGAGUACUCGGCUAAAAUGUCAUCCCCUUUGUGCUUCGAUUUGAUUACACGGUGUCGCAUAACGCAUCGCCAUUUAACGAGAGCGCAUUGUUCGUCUUGAAAGAACACCUGGAAAUUACCUUCUGUACAUAAUUAGCGCAAGGUUACACUGCCCGCACGUGUUUUAUGCACAACAUUUCGCAUGGAACUCACUAACGUACGCAGGACCUUAGGUUUUUUUUUUUGUUUCUCUCGGGAACGUGCUUUGCUCAGAGUGUAAAAGCGAUGCCCUUGUAAAAAGAUCGUAAAAACUCGGCAACACGAUCACCAUCACGUGACUCCGAUGUAUCGAUCGAAGACGCUGUGGGCAGUGUAGAAUGUGGCGUGUACGAAGCAAACAGGACUUAAUUGUCAUUGUCAGCUUUCAGUUUAACCUUCGAUGUCAUUCGGAGUGAUCGCACGCUGAGUGCCACUAUCGAUAGAGCUUGGAAGAGCUGCGAUAGUUUGCAAGCGUGGAUUAGGCUGAUCACACAAGUUAGGCGUACGAGGAAGCGCUUGAAUUUUCGUUUGUGCGGAUGUGACUCAGCUGUGUGUAACGCUCUCGCAGAGCUCUUCUACGCUCGUGACGAUGUCACCCUUUUCAUAGCUUCUUACCUGCUGUAGAAGAGUGAGUUAUCUAGGUGAUAAGAAAAAAGGAGAGUUCAAACGCAAUCUUGCGCGCGGAAUUCCUCUCUCCCUCAACUGAAUUAUGGUGCUCCGAGAUAAAACCGGGGUUGCAAGACUUUCUUUCAAACCUUAGUUAUCUCUUCUUUCUUUGAUCUUUCUUUCAUUACCUCCUCAUAACGUAUAGUCUCUUGUACAACCCCGUACCAAUGGUGCUGGGAACAUGUCGUGACACGUCGUAUGUACUGCGAACGACUGUUCCACUACCAAACAAGUUUUGUAUGUUAUUUGAGUGUUCCGUUUAUUUAUUUGCUUACUGCGAUGUUUUCAGUCCUUUCUGACGAGUAAGCUAUAUGGCGAUAGUUAAAAAGGACCGAACGGUAUUUGUAGUUAUAUCGAGUAUCUAUUAACGAGGAACCGAACGAGGCAUUGAAACGUCAGAGUAAGUUCGAGACAUUUUCCGGCUCCACAUCCUGGUCAGGCACUAUAGUGCCAACACUAUCCAAUGGCAUAUGUGGAGGAUUGCAAAGCUUUUCCAAGCAUGAAACGCUUGCCCUACAGGGAAACUUGCUCUCCUAAGUUUUGGGUGUUUGUGUGCAAGCCUACGCCAGGUUCUGCGCAUUGGACGCAUUGCUCGAUGACGGAGAAACACGAUAAAGCGAGUAGUCCCAAAUACGGAAAGGCAUGGGCUGCAAGCUGUAAUUAAGGUAGGCGCCUUUAUCCGUGGGUAUGAUGUUAAUUACUACGUCACCAUGCCUGUUUUUGAUUGAACGCUUACAAGUCAAGCGCUUUAGCAUAGCUCACACCACGCGCAUCCUUGACCGGAAAUGGCAAGAGGCAGGAUGCGUUAUCUCUAACCUCCUCCGGCCUCGUAGACGGGCUGUACUGGUGCCAUCGAUAUCUGGUCCAUCGAUUUCCGAUAUAACUCGCUUUGCCGCUCGUGAAUUGACAGAAUUCGUGCUAAUGUACACAUCGAAAUUACAGAGUGACGAUAUUCUGUUUGCCACGUGCUCGGGAUCGUGUUUCACUUAAAAGUUGUACGAGAAAACAAACCGACUUUAGGAUUCGCUAUAUAAAUGAGCGUAGAAACAAGCGCGUGUAUCAAACGAAUAAGUCGUACAGUCAUAAGUAACGCUUAACUAGUCUCACGGGCCAGAAGCGUGCGUGUGCUCUCGACUGCCUUCAAGUCAAAAGGACAUUUCACAUUCUGGUCACGUUGUCAAUAGGUAUACACUUGAUUCAGUAAUCGGUGCCCAGCGAAAAUUGGCUGGUAGACAAGAAGUACAGUGAUCAUUAUUGUGCGCGGAAUGAAUUACUGUGCACUGUUUGCGUAUCACAGAUUCGUGGCCCGCUCGCGAAUGUUGCUUUGUAAACAGUGAGAGUGUACUAUAUAAUCUGCUUCGCGAGCACAUUAGUCUUGCUGUCUCAUCGCCGCAUAGUAUGUACGCAUCACACGUGUGUAUGUAGUGUGUGUGUUACCAGCAUGUACAGACGGGGAUGACCGUUCAACGGGGUAAAGAGGGUCACGUGACACGCGAAUCCCACCUAAAAAAAAAACAGUACGCGCCAUUCAGGUGCUGUGAAGAAGGUCAGGUGUUCGACAUUCAGGUGCUGUGACCAACACCUGAAUGCCCAACAUCUGAUCUUCCCGACGUUCCCAAAGCGAGUGACGUCUGAACUGCAAGGUUGUUGCGAGUGUCCGCAUCACGGGGCGGACUAUGUUCCUUUGGGAACUACGUACGUGUCACGUGACCGACAUCUGCCCCACGCUGCCCCUAGCGGCUCCUCGCCAGGCCGCUGCGCGCCCUUUUAGUCUGGAUUACGAGGGUGGGCCGCUUACCAUUCUAGUCUAAGCCACAUACCGUCUACGAGUAAUGCAGUGUCUACACCCGUAAGUGAACGUUCUCACUGUCAGUGUAGAGUGUAUAGGCGACGGCGCGUGGCGUUUUCAAUGAGUAUAGGGAUGGAAAUGGUAUUUGCAAACGGCACGCUGACCAGGUGCACUUCGACGCGGUCGGAUCACCGUAAUUCUCCACACGACGACUUAGCAGCAACACAGAUACCGUACCUGAAAAGCUUUUUAGAUCAUAUCAGCUUUAGACUGACAGAUGCUCACUGAAGAAGGUUACGAUUGCGGAAACAGAAUGCGACGUCAGCUUUUGAUAUUGAGAAGCGAUUUCUCGGUGAAAGGAAGCUUGAGUUGGCGCACUAAAUGUGUAUCAGAAGGUGUAACGCUCUGCCAUUGCAAAUCGUGUGAAAAAAAGAAGCAUCACAUCUACAAACGCACAAGGGUUCCGCGAACAUACAUAUGUUGACCAAUUGCGUUUCAAAAUGAAAUACUGAAGUUUGUGACGCGCGUUGCACUUGCUACGGAGUUCAACUUCACUGAGGCGAGAUACACACAACUGUGAAGGCAUUAAAUCCAUCACCCAAGAACUGGCUUCUCUAAUCAAAACAAUCUAGUAUAUGGAUAACAAUAACGCGCAUAACUUUCGUUUUUUCUAACGGACGGAGAGGGUAUAGGUGACUGUGUAAAUGCAAUGGCGUACUCUGCAAAAGACCACUUCGUGUCUGUUUUGCUGAAUGUAUAUGCUUGGAAAUCGAACGUGAUGUUUGUGUGUGUGCACCCGACCCCCCCCCCCCCCCCCCUUUCACCCUAGAACCAAACACCAGAAAUAACUUUCCACGUUCUAGGACAAAGCCAGCCACGUCUGACUACUUAAACGAGCAUAGCUGUGGUCAAUCAUUGGUCCUACAAUUUCGCUUUCUUGAUUGUCUAUAAACACUUAAAUGCCGUUCAGAUAUCAGUUUUCACUGGUACAAGAGCGGCACCGAGUCGUGAGACUACAGAAUACAAAAUUCUAUGCACUGUUCGUUCGACCGUGUGCAGACCGUGGUUGUUGUGAAAAGAAAAAAAGAUUGUUUCGAACUGUGUAGGAACUAACGAUAGGAUUUGAUCUUCGGGAUCCGUUAAUCGUGACACUGAUACGCUGCUUUCUUCAGAACAGGUGGUAUACAUUUUCAUUAUGAUUAGUGGACAGACACUGCAUCCGAGUUCGCGGUAGUCACAAUGCGUCGAUUGUGGUGAAAAGCUGCACUGAACGCUCACAGAGAAUUAGGACGACGAUAAGCCGCGUUUCACGAAGGAAACAAAAGCUGGCUGCAUGCACGAUGGGUCUCCUAUCCCCAUGCAAAUGGCGUCUCUUCACAGAGCGCUUUAUCGUUAUGACGUAUUAACACAAGCAUUUCGCGAAAGCUUGUCCAUCGGAACGACCUUGCGUCCUGCCCUUACGUAUACAUGUACACAUAAAAUUGGAGUGCCAAACAAAUUAACCCGCGUUGAUCAGACCACAGGUUUAGUAUAUGCGAUAUAGAGCUACCCGAAAACGAGAGGUUUAUAUGUAGUACGUAGGUUAUAAGCAUUACCCUAAACAUAUCGCGGACUUUGUUGCGAAAAGAGGCAGCCACAGCCCGCGUUGCAUGGCUCAGUGUCGUUCGGUACCCUCACAUGCGACCAGUGUUUCACUGUUGCCAACAUCAGCGGUGUAGCGUCACACGCUACACCGUUGCAACAGACCACGGUAUGAAAUAAAAAAAAAAAAAAAAGAAAGAGAGAGAGACGUCUGUCGCAGCUUUGACGGUAUAUACAGAUGUGUUCACGAAUGUGUGCGUCGUUUAUUAAUGUACAGGAAGAAGAGAAGCACAAAAGGCGACAAACGAAAACGCCUCCUCAAAACGAAAUCAGCGUCAUCGUGUUCGCACUAUAUAGCUGUGUAUGUCGCGUCUCCAAACAAAAAGUAUAGUGAAUGUACUCGUGUUCCUAACGUAAUAAGUUCAUAACAGGAACAUAUACGGUCCUGCAGUUCCCCCGUGUUGCGUCGGAAAAGACUUCCUUUAUCUUCGUAUUCUCCCCCUUCGCAGUGUUGCGCAUCAAUAGCAGUGUGUAUACCCUUUAUGGGACAUGUUAUAGCUACCACACGAUACCAGGCGUGAUGUUAUUAUGCCUUUGUAAUCUAGGCUUUCUGUAAAUACAUACACCUCGGUAGCGCGUUUACACUGCUCGUACCACCUCGUGCGACCAAGUGAAGCGUUUUGGUCUUGUGCGUGAUAACCCGUGGUCUCGCAGUCUCUCUCUGAUAGCGUCGUUCUCGGUAUUAACAACAACAAAGUCACCAGCGAAGUGUCGAUGUACAAAAAUGCUGUUUUAUAAAAUUUACAUUAAAGGUUUCGCAAGCCUGC